UUCAGAUUUAUUGUCUCAAGUGUCACAUUCUUGUUUGUCUUUUUUUUUUUUUUUUUAUUCUUUCCUUUCUCUCCAUUUUCUUAAUGUUGUAUACAAGAAAAUACAAUUAUAUUUCAAAGGCACUGUGUGUGUGUGUGUGUGUGUGUGUGUGUGUGUGUGUGUGUGUGUGUGUGUGUGUGUGUGUGUGUGUGUGUGUGUGUGUACUAACAGUGUGUACAUGCAUUCUUAUAUGAAUACUUGAUAUGCUCGUUAGUUUAUGAAGAUCUUGAAUUAUUUUUAUCUGAUUUUUCCUAAGUCACACAUGGAACUCGUCAGUUACAAUGGUGAUCUACUGGGUGAAGAAUGAAGUGUUACUUAAGUCAUUGUUUCCACUGGCUUUCCAGCAGUUUGUUGGAAGCUGGAGUAUAUGUUAUCUAGAGGGAGCAACUUGCACAACACAGUGGGCCAACUCAAAGAUAUUUAUUUUUAUCUUAUUAGAGAUGACUAGUUGCCUGUGAAUGAUUCCCUGGUACCUCUCAGUGAUCAUUAGCAAUUAUAUGUAAAAAAAAUAUUCUUAUAAUGAGGAUAAGAAAGGCUUCUAGGUUAGUAGUUGAGAUCUCAUACCAGACUGUAGGCUGUUGUGGCAGUGGCUGAAUAUAUACUAUAGAAAAUAUUUUUUGUCAACCUGAAAUUUAUAUUGUCUGCAUUUGACAUACCAUAAAAAAUAUUGCUUUUGUCAACAUAUACCUGUACUUCACUAUUUAUGAUGUGCAGUAAGUAUUGUGACUGCAUGAGAAUUACAUUAAUUGUUGCUAAAGUGCCUUGUACAAUAUACAUACUUGAGUUGUUAACAUUGAAGCAGUGACAAAUUUGACACUAACAGAAAGCAACAUAAAAUGGUGGUUAUUUAACAGCUUUGAUAGGUGUUGCAUUCUUGCCCUGAAAGAUUUUCAACACUGGCUGAGAAUUCAUACCUAAAAUGUUUUAUGCAAUAUUGUUGUGUUGUGUUUGUUGUUCCAUGAAGGAGAGGAAAAGAGUGCAUAGUUGUUAUUACUAUGCAAGAAGGGAAGAAUAUAGAACAUGUCUUGUUAUUUAAUAACAGCAUCAGAUAAUAGUUUGAGCAUUUGUGCAAAUAUUAUCAGGAAGACUUCCACCACAAAUAUGUUAUACUUACCAUGUAAUUGUUUUUCUUGCCAUGCAUAAUGGAAACAUUGCUAUGUUUUCAUACUACAUUGUCUUUAAAUUUUAGCAAGCCUGAUUUUUGCAGUGAAGAAAUUUUUAAAGAUAUGUAAACAGGUAAAUUAUAUUUAUUUUUCUGAAACAUCCAUCUUAUUUGGUCUUUGAUUGGAUGACAUGAAUUACAGAAUUGCUCUUUAUUUAUAGCUUGCCACUUUGUUGUGCAAACAAUAGAUAUUUGCAAAUUGAUUACACUGUUCUUGCAUUACUUUUGUGCAAUUUUUCCAUCCACUAGUUAUGAGGAAUUGCAGCCCCCAUUAAGCUGGGAAUGGCAAGAUAAAUGGUAGUUAUUGAAUUGUCAAAAUUUUUUUACCGAAAAAUAGUUUUCAGAAAUAUACAGGUAGAGGUUCAAACAACACUUGUUCAGGCGAAAUGUCAUUAUAAAACACAUGAUUCAUGAUAUAUUAAACAAUUUCUAGCCUUGGAUUCUUUUCUAGUCAUGCAGAUUUGAUUUUUCAAAAUAACUCUUGUUAUAGAUCUCUGUCCCACACAUAAGAACUUCAGUGUUGGAUUGCAGUAUUGUAAUAGCAUCAUAUUGCAGGUUUGUUUGCAAACCCAGUGUAUAGUCUGUAAUGAUUUACAGCAUCAGUAAUUUUUCUUAAUUAAUUUGAUUUACUGUAUAUGGAAGUUUUAGGCCUCUAAAUAAACAUGUCUGAUAGUGUUGUUAUGUUAGGCUCUCAUCAGCUAUUGUUGACUUAUAGCUACAUUAAUUUAUAAUUUCAUGCAACUGGACAUGCAACUGCCACACACAAAUGUUUUGAACAAUUUCUGUUUAUUUAUAUUGAUAUACCAGGCUGAUGUCCCUGCAUAUGGGAUAGCUGGGAUAAUAUACAAAUCUAGAAAAGUUAUAAAUUCAAGCGUUAACCAGUGUUUACAAGGGAACUUGAAAAUUUGAUACAGUUUGAACUUCUCUUGAAUAUAUUCUCUAGAAAUAUUACAAGAGAAUAGAUGCACCAGAUGUCUAUAUUUAUUCCAUUUUUUUAUUCACUCUGUAUUCACUAAUCUUCUUAUUCUCCUCUUACCUUGUUCUCUUAUACUUUUUGCACAUCCAUUUUUUUUAUUCACUCUGUAUUCACUAAUCCUCUUAUUCUCCUCUUACCUUGUUCUCUUAUACUUUUUGCACAUACUGUGUUCAUCAUACUCUAAUACACUUUCUUAGUUGUCUUACUGUAUUGUAUUCUUUUUAUGUGGCCAGACCUCAGACUGCUGUGCUUGAUCCCUUCAACCACUUGAUGCUUAAUUUCUUUUGACUAAAAGAAAAGAAGUCUGGUAUAUUCUACAGUCUCCUUCCUGGAAUGUGAAGAAAAAAUAAAAAAACGAGAUCACUGUACAAGCUAGUAUAAGUGACAUAUGGUGUAUCAUGUGCUAAGUGUUCUACUGCAUCAGUACUUAGCAAGUGACUUCUCAUUUGAGGGACAACAUGCCCUUUACUCAGCUGAGGCACAUUCAAGAUCUGAAGAAGGAAAAUUGGAGAUGCCAGAUGAGGGAGACCUACGCGCCGUGGUAAGGACGGCUUUGACCGAGGUGCGGGAGAGGGUGAGGGCAGAACUCCAAGCUCAGCGCAGCAACAUUCGGGACGACGGGGUAGCAGGACACCAAAGACAUCCUGUCCUUCUCAGGAAUGUCAUCCCGUGUUCCCCUGUCCCUGUGUGGAUGCUGCCUGAGGGCGUUGAGACAGAUGUGACAGGCAGCUGGGUAAGCCACACACUGGCUUCUCUGCUGCAGGAGGUGGCAAGGGAGUCUCCUUACGACGCUCCACAGACGCCCAAUGAACACAGCGUGGUGGUGGUUAGCGCGCUGCUGGACCACACCUGGCAGCGCCUCAACACAGGUCACUGGAAGGAGGUUUCCCUCACGUGGCGACUGGUGUUCACGUGGGGCAGCAUCGCUUUGGUGGGUAUGCUACUGCAACGGCUUCAUUGUGGCUUACUUCAUUCUGCUACUCCCGCUCCCUCUCUGUUGGAGGAGGUGGGGGGAGUGAUACGGGCCUGUGACCGAGGACUGCUGAUGGGUGCCACCGUAGAGCACAGUCCUCUCCAUUCCGCUGCAGCCACUCUAAAUCCCUUCGCCCGCCUAGCUGCCGUGGGGAGACAUGCUGACACCGAGACUGACGAGUCGCCUGUCAUACAGGAAGAUUCGGCCAUCGUCAGCCGGCCGCUGGCUGUCGCCACAUGUCCUGCUUUGGACCGAUUCCUUCUGCGCUACAUGGAGGACGGUGUACCGGUGAAGCUACUAGGCGUAGUGUCGCACUGGCCUGCCCUCAAGAGAUGGAGCUUAUUUUACUUCCGAAAAGUGGCCGGUGCGCGGACCGUGCCUGUAGAGGUGGGUGCACGCUACACAGACAGCAGCUGGUAUCAACGGCUUAUGACGCUAGACGAGUAUUUCACUGAGUAUGUGGCGAGGUGCGGCGAUGAAGGGCGACCCACUGGCUACCUGGCUCAGCACCACUUGCUGGAUCAAGUCCCACAGCUAAUGGAGGACAUUGUGGUGCCGGAUUAUUGUCACUUGGGGCAGCAGCCGCCCCGCAUCAAUGCCUGGAUAGGACCUCGUGGAACCGUCAGUCCACUGCAUCAUGACCCUGACCACAACAUCCUCGUGCAGGUCGUGGGCUACAAGUAUAUUCGCCUGUAUGGGGAGGACCAGAGCCAUCUACUGUAUGCCCACCCUGACCCACUGCUCAGUAACACCUCCCAAGCUGACGUGGAAGGCCCGGCAGACAUGUGGCCUAUGCUGCAGCAGGCGGAAUACAGCGAUCUGAUCCUAGGGCCUGGCGAGGCGCUUUACAUUCCCCCUCGUUGCUGGCACUACAUCCGCUCCCUCUCCACCUCCUUCUCAGUUUCAUUCUGGUGGGGGUAGCUUUAAAAUCUUCCCCUCAUCCUGUUCGUACGCUCCUUUCAGUCUUCAUCUCAGCCUUUGUCUGCUGACUCACUGGUGGUACUCACAUAUUGCGGGGUUUCUGGCGUCACUGUACAAAGAACUGCAUGUCUGUACGGACAUGUAGUCGUGCUCCGAGGUUUUCAGGUCUCUUUUCAGCAAAGCUUUUCAGCAAAGCCAAUACCUCCAGAAGCCAAGUCUGCAGGAUUAUAUAUAUAUAUAUAUAUAUAUAUAUAUAUAUAUAUAUAUAUAUAUAUAUAUAUAUAUAUAUAUAUAUAUAUAUAUAUAUAUAUAUAUAUAUAUAUAUAUAUAUAUAUAUAUAUAUUGUAAGAUUAUAGUCGGUUUUCAGAUUUCCCAAAUUGUCAAGAAUAAUAAGUAAAUAGAACUUAAGAAUAAAUAAAUAGAUACAGUUCGACAAAUUUUGUAGCACUUUCUCCACAAUAUAUCAAGCUGUUAUAAAUGUGACAAAAAUAUGUUCUAUACUUUCCCUUGUUGUGAUAACGCUUGGUAUUUGCGUUGCGCACGUCCCACUUUGAAAAACAAGGCAACGUCGCCCGACAACCCAAACCUGUUAUGUAACUUAGGAACACCGCCCGCUCCCCCAGCCUCUCCCCAGCCGGGCCGGUCUGCGUGUGCUCUCUCUCUCUCUCUCUCUCUCUCUCUCUCUCUCUCGUCACGACUCGACUCGUUCCCUGCGCCCCAAACCCCAUCCACUCGCAACCAGCACCCCUUCCCGCCCUCCACCUCCUCCCAGUCCUAUAUACCUCAACCGCUCUCCCUCUCCCUCCCCCGCGUCUCAUAGCCGAGUCCGACGCCAACUGCGACUCAGUGUUGGUCUGCUAGCGGGGAGUGUAGGAGUGUUGUUGUUGCCUCUCCAGGUGUUGCUCUUGGCAUCUGCCCACCCCUAUCACACAGCAAGUUUAGUGACAACUGAUGAAAGAUUCUACAGUGAGAAAGAAAAAGUCGCCUUGAAGAGACUCGUCUAUAUUUGAUACAACAAUCUUGGAAUGAUAAGUAAUGGAAAGUGUGCCAUACUGACAGAGAGAGAGAGAGAGAGAGAGAGAGAGAGAGAGAGAGAGAGGAGUUGUGUAAGUAGUGUCACAGGUGUUGAUGCAGUGACUGCCGGAAUGUGCUGCCUCUGGAUGGGAACAAGCUCCAUCAGAAAUUGAAAAAAGUGUUAUAGUUAUGACAGAAUAACUUUCUAGGUAGAAAUUUGGUAUAAGUAGAAAUAUAAAGAGAAAGUGACAGCGGUUGUUGCUAUAAUGAUACAAGUUAAGCAGGUAAAUAGUUAUGUGGAGGCUGAUGGCAUAGAAAUAGAAUCAGUGUGUGUGUACGAGUGACUAAGCGCGUGUGCCAAUUCUAUAUUUAACUAAGAAUUUAUGUUUUGUAUAUGGAUACCUGCCUAAAAAUGGUUAGCAACGCUUACUCGCAUAUAAGACGCGUGAGUUGCGUCCCCUACAUUGUCUAAUUUGACAUAAUUUAGCCAGGCGCCGUAGUGUGGUGGAGAAUGAACAGGUGUGAUAGUCAUGUCAUGGGGUAUACCGUGUGCAUGCUAACGCUACAUUAAGCGAUCGAGGCUGGUGGAGCUACAUCGUGCAGGAUUGGACUCCAACUGCAGUGCUGUUUAUCACUAUAUUUAUGUGUUCACUAGAUCCUGUCCGUUGAUAUGUGUACGCGGCUAGAUAAAACUAAAUAGAAGACUGCUGAGGCCAAGCUACGCGAUGUGUGUUUUAUGAGAGAGAGAGAGAGAGAGAGAGAGAGAGAGAGAGAGAGAGAGAGAGAGAGAGAGAGAGAGAGAGAGA